UGUUUUCUAAUUCGGGUUUGAUCACACUGAUCAGUUAAUUCCAUCUCUCCUUCACUACUACAAAACCCAUAUAAUCUCGACACUAUUACCUCGACACUGUGAAAGACCGUCAAUGCUAAAAUAUAAACCGCGUUUCACCUCUGUCGUAAGCUUUUGCUGACUAUUUAAAGCGUCGAGGUACCACGUGCCUUCCUUGUGGUAAAAGAAGCCCAAUAGUUCCAAGCCCGCGAAUGAAAUUUUGGGAAAACUUAAACUGCUUAAUUGAAAAUUAAAAAUAAAUUAAAAAAAAAAAAAAACUCACGCACUCAGACUACUCCUCUCUGUUCAUUCAUUUCAUCAGUUACCUUCUCCACUUAGCCCUAAGUUUUUCCUCUUUUGAAUUCAUACAUCACUUCUCAAAAUCUAAGAAUCAUCAUUGCUUAUCAUCAUCUUGUUUCGCCGAAGUCAUGGAUACCAGUUGGAUUGAUUUAUGCAAUGGCGAACCUGCUUAUUUCAAAGGUUGCAUGAAUUUUGUUAAACUUGCUAAGAAGACUCUUAUAGAUGGGAAAACUCGAUGCCCAUGUAAUAAAUGCAAAGUGAAUGAAUGGUUACCCAUAGAGGAAGUAGGAGGACAUAAUUUGUGUAAUGGUUUUUUUAAGAAGUAUAGGAAUUGGGUUUUUCAUUCUACAGUUGAUGAAGGGACCAAUACCUUAGAAACUCCCAUUCAUGAAAAGGUAGUAGGUCAAGAUGAUAUGGGUGGUUUGUUAAGAGAAGCCUUUAGGGCUGACAUUCCAGAUUCUCUUUUUGAAUCCCAAAACAUGCAACAAGAAGAGGCUUCAUAUGAUAUGCACGAAAUAGGAGGUUCAUACGAUAUGCACGAAGAGUUUGAUUUUCAUUGUGAUGUAGGUGAUUUAAAUCCAUCUACUAACUCUAGCGAAGAAGUGUCAAGUGUAAAAGAUUAAUGGAUGCUUCUUAUGAGGGUUUAUACGAUGGGUGCACUACUUUCUCAAAGUUAUCGUUUCUUUUGCACUUGUUUCACCUUAAGUGUAUGUGCCAUUGGUUUGCUGAGUCAUUCACUAAAUUGCUUGAACUUUUAGUAGAUGUAUUUCCUUCAAUCAAUGAGUUUCCAUCGUCUUACUAUGAGGGCAUGAAGAUAAUUAAGGACUUGGGAUUAGGUUAUGAGAAAAUUGAUGCAUGUCCAAAUGAUUGCAUGUUAUAUUGGGGUGAAUUUGCAGAAAAAAAAAUGAGUGUCAUGUUUGUCAUACAUCAAGGUGGAAAAUUGCAAAAGGGAAGGAAGGUGGUUCAAGUGAAAAAGGUAAAGAAUCGUGUAAAAAGGGUGAGUCAGCUAAGGUAUUGCGAUACUUUCCUCUUAUCCCUAGAUUAAAAAGACUUUAUAUGUCAUCUAAAACAGCAGAGGAAAUGAGAUGGCAUUUUGGUCGAAAGGAUGAUAAGGUUCUAAGGCACCCAGCAGAUGGUGAGGCUUGGAAAAAAUUUGAUGAAAGAUAUCAAGAAUUUGCCGCUGAUCCUCGUAGUGUUAGGUUGGGUCUAGCAAGUGAUGGUUUCAAUCCAUACCGUCUUAUGAGUUCUAAUUAUAGUACUUGGCCUGGGGUCUUAAUUCCAUAUAAUUUACCACCAUGGCUUUGUAUGAAGCCAUCAUCAUUAAUAUUGUCCUUGAUUGUUCCCGGUAAAUAUAGUCCAGGGAUUGAUAUUGAUGUGUAUUUGCAACCAUUAAUCCAUGAGUUAAAAUUGAUAUGGGAUGGUGUUGAUGCCUUUGAUGCUUAUAGUGGAAAAUACUUUAAAAUGCGAGCAGCCUUACAUUCCACUAUAAAUGACUUCCCUGCAUACGCUAUGUUGUCUGGUUGGAUUACAAGAGGUUAUAAAGCUUGUCCUUCAUGUGCCCAUUCCACUCACUCAUAUUAUUUUGGUGGUAAAAUUUGCUACCUUGGACAUCGAAAAUGGUUGCCACUUGAUCAUCCUUAUCGUUCUCAAGCCCAUUUAUUUAAUGGGACACAAGAACAUGAUGUUGCUCCAGUUCCUACAAGUGGGGAAGACAUUUUAAAGGAACAAGAAAGGAUUAAUUAUGUAUAUGGAAAGUCAAAAAAACCCUCCAAUAAGAAAAGAGAAAGAAAGAAAGGUGGGAUAUCCAUUAAUGAAUUUGAUGAUGACCAUGGUGAGAAAGAUUCUAAUAAUGUUCUUUGGAAAAAGAAAAGUACAUUUUUUGACUUGGAAUAUUGGGAAUACAAUCUUCUAAGACAUAAUUUAGAUGUUAUGCACAUUGAAAAGAACGUUUGUGAAAAUUUGUUAGGAACUCUUUUAGAUAUGGACAAUGCUAGAGAUGAAAAGAGUGCAAGAGAGGCCCUUGAGAAGUUAAAUAUUAAAUCUUAUCUUUGGAUUGAUACAAGUCGAAAUAACUAUAUGCCUCCCGCAUCAUACAAUAUGUCUAUAGAAGAAAAAGAAAGGUUUUUAAGAGUCUUAUAAAAUCUUAGAGUUCCAGAUGGAUAUGGAUCUAACUUGCAAAGAUGUGUGAACAUGAAGCAACGAAAACUUAUCAAUAUGAAAAGCCAUGACAAUCAUAUCCUCAUGCAAGAUAUCCUUCCGGUUGCUUUAAGAGCAUCAAAUGCCACGAAAGUAAUUGACUUGAUUGAGGAGUUGUCUGACUUUUUCAAACGACUAUGGUCAACUUCUAUUGAUACAAAGGAGUUAGAUGAUAUUCAAUCUAAGCUUGUUUUGACACUUUGUAAGAUGGAACAAGAGUUUCUACCAACUUUUUUCACAAUCAUGGUUCAUCUAUUGAUUCAUUUAGUGGAUGAGGUUAGACUCGGUGGACCAGUUCAUUACAGAUGGAUGUAUUUCGUUGAAAGGUCAAUAUCUUAACUUAUAUUUUCAAAGCUUCGUUAAAAUAAAUAAUAUUAUCAUAUUACUUUUUUUUGAAGAUUUUUUAUAUUCACAUUCAUUUUUAUAUUAAAGGGUACUUGGCAUUUUUGAAAUCUCAUGUAAGUAAUAAAGCCCAACCUGAAGGGUCCAUUGCCGAGAGGUUCCUUUUAUGGGAAACAAUUACAUUUUGUUCGAGAUAUUUAGAUAGUGUUGAGACCAUAUUUAACAGACCGAAAAGAAAUGAAGAUGGUGUUAUAAAAAAUAUCUAUUUAUUUAAUUCAGGCUGUCGUGUGGUUGGAAAACAGGAUAACUUUCGUCUUAAUGAUAAAAGUUUAAAACAAGCUCGUCGUUAUAUUUUGCUUCAUUCAGAUGAGAUGAAACCAAUUCUUGAGUAAGUAUUACAAUAAAUUAAUAACUUCUUGUUUGUUAGCUAUUAUUAUACUAUUAGUUAACAUAAUUUUUUCUAUGUCUAAAGUGAUUUCAUAUACCAAAAAAGACAAGAGAAUCACUUUCAAGUGAACGAAGUUGUAGAAAAUGGGUGGAUAGUCAAUGAAUUUUCUGGGUGGUUACAAAAUCAGGUGACUAAAUAUCAAAGUUAAUUUUUAUUUUUUUAUUCUUUUCACAUAGGAAGUCCUAAUCAGGCUUAACGCAAGAUUUAUUUAUUUAUUUAUUUACAUAGGUCCACAACAUAGAUGAUAGUACAACAGAAGGAAAGUUGAGAAAAGCAUUGGCUGGUGGUUUAAGUAAUCGUUGUAAAAGGAUAAAAAGUGUUAUCAUCAAUGGUUAUAAAUUUAACAUUGUGGAUCGCGAGCGAUAUCGAAAGACACAAAAUUUUGGCAUUAUGUUAAAGGCAGAAGGCCAAGAGUAUUAUGGAAGACUCAAAGCAAUAUAUGAAUUAGAUUAUUAUGGUUCUCACAAGGUUAUAAUGUUUCAUUAUGAUUGGGUUGACAUAAAAAGGGGUUUGAAAAGAUACCAUACUGGGAACGUUUGUGUAAAUUUCUUGAAGCUGAUGCACACUGGGCAAAAUUUAUAUGAUGAUCCAUUUAUUUUCUCAUCUCAAGCAAAACAAGUGUUUUAUAUCGAGGAUGAGAUAAGUAAAGGAUGGUUACAUGUUGUUAAGACUAAGCCAAGGGACUUGUUUGAUAUGGGCGAUGAUGAGACUUAGUUUUGCAUAUGUUGACUUUUUUGUUUAACAUCUUAUAAUUUUCACUCUCGUUUCAAACAUUAUAUUCUAUGCAUUUGAAAUAUUCUUUUUUGUCUAUCAUUUUUAUGCCAAGGUUUAUGCUCCUCAUUUAGCAAGUUAGCAUUCUUGAUACAGAGUAGUUUUCUUAUGUACGAUAUAUUUUCCCUUUUCCUCUUCCAGUCUCUCUUGCAGUUUAUCUUUGAUUUUGAGGUAAUUUAUAGAGGAAGAUGGCUGUUAAUCAAAAUUUGUCUCUUUCUUGAGCUUUGCUUGAGUUCAGGUACAAUGUAGAAAGUUUGUUGCAGAGUGGCUCUUGGUUGGCCUUUUGAAUUUAAAGAAGUUAGUCAAGAUGAGUUAUCGUAGCAAAAGAACAAGGGCAGCUGGCCUUGCAGCCACAAAUGCACCAGAUACAGUUUCAAAUAAGGCUCCAAAAUUGGUAUCAUCACAACCACUACAAAAAGAGCCUAAAGCUUCAAUACCUUCUACCUCAGUCCAAAAAUCAGGGGAAGCUAAUGGUAGAUGGGGACCAUUUACCCCACGAAACACUCAAAACCCACCUUCAUCUCCCACUACUAAUAUAAGUACACAACCUCCACCCCCACAAAGCAAUCCAAUAUGGAAGAAACCACUCAUCAAUAAUGUACCAAGUUGUCUUAGCAACACUAGCACUCAAGACCUCCCUUUAUCUUCAAAUACUAGCACAAGUAAACCUCAAAAAAGCAUUCCUACAAUGAGAAAACCCAACUAAUGUAACAAACCCUCCAAGCAUAACUAAGACUCACAACUUCCCAUCAUCUUCUACACAAAACACCUCUACCGUUCCUCAAAAAAUUCCACCUCCUAAGCUAUCAAAACCACCUAUAUUCCCUUCUACUUCCCAUACUUCUCAUCAACCAUUGUUACAAGAAAUGCAAGAUGAUCAUACUGCAAAUAAGGAUAAAGGGAAGCAUGCAUGUGGUGGAGCAGCAAAAGAAAAAUCUAAAAUUUUCAAGCUUCGACGUCGUGCAUCGCUUCCCAAAUGGCUCGGUGCAAUUGAGUAUGAUGACAAAGAAGAGGUUCUAACUAUUGAUACUGAUGGUAAGAAGCGAUUAGUUAGUGGACCCAUUCCGCAAAUUGAGGUUUGGAAUAACAAUGGUGUUAAAUAUGUUGUGCAUUUCAAUGAUUUUUGCCAACCAAUUCGAAAAGGUGGGCAUAUAUUGGUCCAAUUCCUUGGUAGCAUUGCAAAAGAAGAGCGUUUCUGCCCACUUUCAGAGAAGACUUGGCGUAAGUUGGACGCCUCUUUUAAGAGGGACAUCAGUAAAGCAAUAAGGGACCGCUUUGUGAUCCCCGAUGAGGAGAAGUAUUACACCCAAGCUCUACAGCGUGUCGAUAAAGUUUGGAGGAAUUAUAAGCAUGAUCAUAAGAAACGAUACUUUAAACCAGAUGAGAAAUCAAUAACAGAAAUUGUUGAUAAUCCCCCAAAUGGAGUUAGCAAGAGUAAUUGGGUUAAUUUGGUUAACUAUUGGAAUUUAGAGAGAGGGAAAGAAUUGUCUGAAAUCGGAAAGAGGCAAGAGCAUCUCUAAACCAAAUUCAUAAUUCUGGUGGUACAAGCUUUGCGAAUAGACGUGCUGAUUAUGAAAAUGAGCACGGAGAAGAAAUGAGCCUAUUUGAACUAUGGAAAAAAUGUUAUAGAAGAAAAGAUGGAACUUUUUACGAAGGCACAGACACAGAAGAUUUCCUGGAAGAUGUUAAGGCUAAGGUUGAAAGCUUAAGGCUUGCAUACCCUGAUGGUUCAAAGUCGCGUAUUGAAAUAGAGAAUGAAGCUUUUGAGGCUAAAUUGUAUGGUGGACAGAUUCCUGAAAAACCACAAGGCUUCGGUUUUGGAGUUCAAAGUGGAGACAUUUAUGGGGUGCGUGGUGCAUUAGAAAAGAAGGGAUUGGAAAAGGAACUAGAGUUGUGGAAUUGGGCAACAUGUCAUCGGAGGUAUCAAGUUUGAAAGAAGAAAAUAAGGAGCUUCAUAAGCAAAAUGAAGAGAUAAAAGGAAAGUGUGAUGAGAAUACAAAGCUACUUAAGACAAUGACAACACUAUUUUCUCAAGUUUUAGAAUCCAUUCGUAGUGGAGAAGGUUCAUCACAACUUCUAGAUACUGCACAACUAGCCUUGCGUAUGGCUAACCCUCAGGUGUCUAAUGACUCCGUAGACCAUGGAGGCGGAAGAUAUGAAUCAAGGGAUGUUUAGCUCGUUUAACCAUUGACUCAGAUUAGGAAACUUGUAAUUAUAUUAUUUGGCUAGAUUUGAAUGGUUUUUGAGAUGACCAUAGAUUCAACAGGUUGAAGAUCAUAUAUUUUAGCUUUGAGGUUGUCUUUUGGAUUCUGAAAUUAGCUAAGAAUAAUUAUGUAGUAGUUCAAACAUAUUAUUUGAUAAGCUUUACUUUAAAUGUUAUGGUACGAUGUAUUAUAAUUAUUUUAGAAUAUAUAUUUUGGACGUACGUACUAUUAUUAUUAA